AUUUAUAGACGAACAAGAUACAAAAAGAACUCUCUCUCUCUCUCUUCCUCUCUCUAAGUAAGUUUUGAUCUUUUCACGAGAUCAAAUGGAAGUAGAGAGUACGAGCAAUGGCCGGCGUCCACCUCCUCCGGCAGAGAUUGCUCGUGGUGCCUACUUGGCCUGGGAAGACUUGACGGUUGUUAUACCAAACUUUAGUGGUGGUCCGACUCGAAGGUUGCUUGAUGGACUUAACGGUCAUGCUGAACCUGGUCGGAUCAUGGCCAUUAUGGGUCCUUCCGGAUCCGGCAAGUCCACUCUUCUUGAUUCUCUCGCAGGUAGACUCGCAAGAAACGUGAUUAUGACUGGUAAUCUUCUAUUGAAUGGGAAGAAGGCAAGACUAGACUACGGCCUCGUCGCUUAUGUAACACAAGAGGAUAUUUUGAUGGGAACACUAACGGUGAGGGAGACAAUUACAUACUCAGCUCAUCUAAGGCUUUCAAGUGAUUUGACCAAAGAAGAAGUCAAUGACAUUGUUGAAGGAACUAUAAUUGAGCUUGGUCUUCAAGAUUGUGCAGACAGAGUCAUAGGUAACUGGCACUCCAGAGGAGUCAGUGGUGGCGAGAGGAAACGUGUCAGCGUCGCGUUGGAGAUCUUAACGCGGCCGCAGAUUUUGUUUCUUGAUGAACCCACUAGCGGUUUGGACAGUGCUUCUGCUUUCUUUGUGAUUCAAACGCUAAGGAACAUUGCUCGGGAUGGCGGUAGAACCAUUGUUUCCUCCAUUCAUCAGCCUAGUAGCGAAGUUUUCGCUCUCUUUGAUGAUCUCUUCUUGCUCUCUAGUGGCGAGACUGUUUAUUUUGGUGAAUCCAAGUUUGCUGUUGAGUUCUUUGCUGAAGCGGGGUUCCCUUGCCCGAAGAAACGGAAUCCUUCUGACCAUUUCCUAAGAUGUAUUAACUCAGAUUUUGAUACUGUUACAGCUACACUCAAAGGAUCUCAGAGGAUUCGGGAGACACCAGCUACAUCAGAUCCUUUGAUGAAUCUAGCAACAUCUGAGAUCAAAGCUAGGCUUGUUGAGAAUUACCGUCGUUCAAUCUAUGCGAAAUCCGCGAAAUCUCGGAUCCGUGAGUUAGCUAGCAUGGAAGGACAUAAUGCGAUGGAAGUGAGAAAGGGAAGCGAAGCGACAUGGUUUAAACAGCUACGAACUUUAACUAAGAGAUCAUUUGUGAACAUGUGCCGCGAUAUUGGAUACUACUGGUCAAGAAUUGUGAUCUACAUUGUGGUAUCGUUCUGUGUCGGGACGAUCUUUUACGAUGUGGGACACAGCUACACAUCGAUCUUGGCUCGGGUUUCUUGCGGUGGAUUCAUUACCGGUUUCAUGACUUUCAUGUCCAUUGGAGGGUUUCCUUCUUUCAUCGAAGAAAUGAAAGUGUUCUAUAAAGAAAGAUUGAGUGGUUACUACGGCGUUUCGGUUUAUAUAAUAUCGAAUUACGUCUCUUCUUUCCCGUUCUUGGUGGCGAUUGCGCUCAUCACAGGGAGUAUUACUUACAACAUGGUCAAGUUCCGUCCUGGAGUCUCGCAUUGGGCUUUCUUCUGUCUCAACAUAUUCUUCUCUGUCUCAGUCAUUGAGAGUCUCAUGAUGGUUGUAGCUUCUCUUGUUCCAAAUUUCUUGAUGGGUCUAAUCACUGGAGCUGGCAUCAUUGGAAUCAUCAUGAUGACUUCUGGAUUCUUCCGUCUACUUCCCGAUCUUCCUAAAGUUUUCUGGCGUUACCCGAUUUCCUUCAUGAGCUAUGGUUCUUGGGCAAUUCAGGGAGCAUACAAGAACGAUUUUCUUGGUCUAGAGUUUGAUCCAAUGUUUGCGGGGGAACCAAAGAUGACAGGAGAGCAAGUGAUAAACAAGAUAUUCGGAGUACAAGUCACACAUUCAAAGUGGUGGGACUUAUCAGCGAUCGUGUUGAUCCUUGUGUGUUACCGCAUCCUCUUCUUCAUAGUCUUGAAGCUCAAGGAGAGAGCAGCGCCGGCUUUGAAGGCGAUACAAGCGAGGAGAACGAUGAAGACUCUCAAAAAGAGACCUUCUUUCAAGAAAGUUCCAUCACUAUCUUCAAUAUCUUCAAGGAGACACCAACCUCUACACUCACUUUCUUCUCAAGAAGGUCUUACCUCUCCAAUUAAUUAAAAGACUAUAUCAAUAUAUAUAUAUGUGUAUACACUUUGUUUCUUAAUUUGUUUUGCACAUACAAUAGUUUCAACAUUUAUCAAUAUAUGUAUCAGUAUCUAAUGAUUCUAUGAUUCAGCAUUGUUAUUUUUGGAUAAUAAACAUGAUAAUCUGAA